CGCAACUUUUUUUUUACCCUUCCCCCCAAAACUCCCCCCCUCCCCAGUUCCUCCAUUCCUCCCCAGUCUUCCUUUCUAUAUCCAAUUCUCUUCCAGAGUUAUCUUUGGCCUUAGCAGCUUCGUGCUGUAGGCUUUCUUGCUCCCUCCCUACGUCGUGGGGGCAUUCUCGCUCCUCUUCUUUUUCGUCCAUAUUAUCUCAUACUACCGCACAUGACUCCACAAUCGAUUUCACCUGUACCUUCCGCAGUCUCUUCAGCCGCAACGUCACAGAUUUUUCACGACUUCGGAGAUGGAGAGUCCCAGGUAACACGUGCUCUUGCGGGCACACAUCUGUCCGACAUGAACGGGGACGCCCUCCCCACCUCCCCUGGGCCAGUGAAGGCUCCCAAACCGACCAUGGCCAACCGCAUCUCUCGUAUGUUCUCGAACACGGGCAAGACGACCCCUAAGGAGAUGGAUCCGCAUCGCGAUUUCUCGGAUAGCAGCUCGGAUAGCAUCAAAGCAUCCUCCAAUAGUAGUACGAAGCCUUCGAAACCCUCGUCUCGCCCUACCUCAAAACCCUCCUCAAGAGCGCCAUCCCGUCAAACGUCUACCAGAGAGGACGAACGCAAGAUCAAAUCCAGCAGUGGCAAGGACCAAAAAGAGGCUCCAGUCGCUCAUCGACGCUUUGAGGUGCCCGGCGAUGGUACUCACCUACAUCACCUCAAGAGUGCCAGAAGGCAAGAGAAGCUGACCGACUUGCUCCGCGAUAUGCUGGGCGGCGGAAGAAAGAAGGAAGAUCAUGUCGAGGAACAGCAAUUGUCUCUCAUGUCUACUUGGAUUGACCAAUUCAAGACCGAACGCGACAAGCUUGCUGCAGACAAGAAGGGCGGCCCCAAUGCCACGGCCUCGCUAGUUGACAAGUACGGCAAGUGUCAGGAGAUCGUUGGUCGGGGUGCUUUCGGUAUUGUCCGCAUAUCUCACAAAGUGGACCCUAAAGACUCUAGAGUCGAGCAGCUCUAUGCCGUCAAAGAAUUUCGCCGUCGGCCCCAAGAAACUACGAAGAAAUAUCAGAAGCGGUUAACAUCGGAGUUCUGCAUUUCCUCAUCUCUCCGCCACCCCAACGUCAUACAUACCCUCGAUCUCUUGCAGGACGCCAAAGGAGACUACUGCGAAGUCAUGGAGUAUUGUGCAGGCGGUGAUCUGUACACACUGGUAUUGGCCGCUGGCAAGUUGGAAGUUGCCGAGGCCGAUUGCUUCUUCAAACAGCUCAUGCGGGGUGUUGAAUACAUGCAUGAAAUGGGCGUCGCCCAUCGCGACCUGAAACCCGAGAACCUCCUGCUAACUACCCAUGGAGCUCUCAAGAUCACGGAUUUCGGAAAUGGCGAGUGUUUCCGUAUGGCUUGGGAGAAAGAGGCCCACAUGACUGCUGGGCUCUGUGGCUCGGCCCCUUACAUUGCCCCGGAGGAGUAUAUUGAGAGGGAAUUUGACCCAAGAGCGGUCGACCUGUGGGCGACUGGCGUGAUCUAUAUGGCCAUGCGGACUGGGCGACACCUUUGGAGAGUCGCCCGCAAGGAUGAAGAUGAGUUUUAUCAGCGGUAUUUGGAGGGUCGCAAACAUGAAGAUGGUUAUGCUCCCAUCGAAACUUUGCAUCGGGCUCGUUGCCGGAACGUCAUUUACUCCAUACUGGAUCCCAAUCCUUCUCGCCGAAUCAAUGCCUCGCAGGUGCUUAAAUCCGAGUGGGUUCGUGAGAUCAAGCUAUGUAAGGCCGGUGAGGAAGGAUUCUAAAGCAAAAAUCAACGAUCAACAUAUUCACGCCGUUGGGCUCACCUUCAAAGCACCGGGGGUGGUCACUUGAGAAGGGGGCCCAUGGUCUCGGCGGGCUCAAUCUUGCGUUAGUCGGGGCUGUGCAUCCCUUACUGAGAAGUCGAUCUCUUGUUUGGUGUGCGUGUGCCGAAAAUAAAACCAUAGACCCGGGUGGUU